CAGGCGGCGAUGGCGGCCUUCCACAAGGCCAUGAUCUGCCGCAUUUGGAUCGUGCUGCUCGUCACUCUUCUCUGGAUCGGCCUCUGGUACAGCAGAAUCUCUCCGGCGACCUCGGAUUUGGCAGCGCACAGGAAGGAUCUUCACAGGUUUGGAGGAAAUUUGGCCCGGAAUUCGUCCUUCUCGAAGUUCUGGGAGGUGGAAGACGGCCAGCUUACUGCCGAUCUCAUCCACGAGGUUGUGGAGGAGCUCGAGAAGAUUAGGGAUGGGACUCCUGGUGGUGUGGUCGCGGCUAAUCGCAAGGAGCCUUGCGAUGAGCGGCGGGAUUUAGCAAGGGAACGGGGCUUUCGACGGAUUGGAGAGACGCUUCACGCCUUUGUCCUCUCCAGUGUGGCAAGAUUUUCUCUGGAAGAAUUCACCGCGGUGGGAUUGGUUUCUAUCCAACUGAGAGGCUUUGCCGGUAAUCCAUUGCAGUCUUGUGCUUGGGUUCCAAAGGCUGGAUCCAGUUCUGUCGCGGCUGCUCUGGCGGCUUCCAACGAUUCUUCGGUGAUUUGGGGGAACUCUUGGCUGGGGUACGUGAAUGAAAGCCACACGGAGAAGACCUUCUACGAUGUGGGCGUGGUGAAAUGCUCGUUCGAGGAGCCAGUAGGGGCAAAUGGAGAAGGCGGGUUUCUAGUGCUCAACAUGACAAGAAACUCGUCACCGCCACCUCUUGUGGAUCACUCAGGGAUCAUCGAGCAAAGUUACGUGCCUGUUUUUCAAGAGCUUCCGGAAGAGAUCUCCUCGAUCCAAUUCGAAGGGCCGUUUCGAUUCGACUAUGCCUACUGCUCGCCUCUGCUGACACCGAGCAAGAACGUAUCGGCCAAGUACGUGAAAGAGUGGCUCAUGUAUCACCAAGGCCUGUGGAGCGAGAGUCACGUCCACUACUUCUUCUACGACGCCGGUGGGAUCGAUUCGAGGCUGCUGGAAGUCUUCCAGCCGCUGAUGGAGAAGAAGUUUCUCACAGUGAUAGACAUGAGAGAAUUGGUACUGUUCGAGUCUGCUGGUGACGGUCACCAGCUUGUGAUCAACGAUUGCCUCCAGCGAAGCCGGUUUCUAGCGACCUGGGCAUUCUUCUGGGACUUGGACGAGUACCUCCAGCUCGUAAAUUCCACAUCGAUGGCAGCUUUGCUCAGGAGCUAUGAGAGUUCUCCCUGGAUAUCUCUAGCAAACUUGGUGUGGAGCAGGACUUACUGCAAGGAAACGAGCGCGGAGGACGAGUGGGCCGUGGAGAGGAUGCGUUUCAGGCUGCGGUACCCGACUUGCGGGGACGAGCAAAGGGCCGAGACUUGCCACGGCGUGGAGGGGCACAGGAAGUGGAUCGCCAACCCGCGCAAGGUGCUCGUCGCGUCCAUCCACCGGACUGUGGAGCCCGAGUGGAACGGCGAGAUCCUGCGAGCCUCCAUCGCCAGGCUCAACCAUUUCCACGGCCUGGCCGUGGAGGGCAGCGCGAAUUCCAGCUGCUGGAUCGUGAAGAAGCUCGACCAGGUGAACGAGUCGAGCCUGGUGGACGGAUGGUGGCUCAAAGACGAGAGCUUUGCAGUGGCCGCCAUGGAGCAGCAUCGCAAGGGACUUUAGAAACAUUGACCUUAUCCAGUCCACGCCAAAUGUUGACUUCUUGUCAGAGCCCGCUUUAGACCCUACUGCAAGCGUGCAUAAGAAGCUUGCGUGAGGAAAAAAAUAAAGGCCCAGAAGUUGACUUGGUCAAAGACCUAAAAGGUAACCUAAAAAGGUGCCACGUAGACUUUCCUUGAUCACAUAGAAACGAGGAAUAUCUUAUCGCUUCACCCGUAUGGUAUGUCCUGCGCCCUCCCUGACAUGGCCGGAAGCAAAAAACCAAAAUGGCGUGCUACUUGCUUUUGGUUGCUUGACACACACCAAAAAAAAGAAA